AUGGAGCCCCUGGAGGAAUACCACUCUCCGUUUGACUUUGAGCAAGGAGUCAACUCCAGCUACCUCUACCUCUCGCCAGCCUACAGCGACACACCGCCCAGCUCGCCAGCUGUCAAAAGCAGAGGUCCCCAGGAGCAGCCUGACUCCAUCCCAGAGGUGGGAGAAGACGCGGUGACGUCCGUCGGUCCCUCUCCUCCUCCUCCUCCUCCCGCCAUGACGGAGGAAGAGCGUCAGGAGCUGCAGGAGGAGUUGGCCAAGGUUGAAGACGAGAUCCAGACUCUGACCCAGGUUCUGGCAGCCAAGGAGAAGCAGUUGGCGGACAUCAAGAGGAAGCUGGGCAUCACACCUCUGAAUGAGCUAAAGCAGAACAUCACCAAAACCUGGCAGGAGGUCACUACUUCCACUGCCUAUAGGAGGACUUCUGAGACUCUGUCUCAGGCGAGUCUGAAGGCCACGGCAGCCUUCUCCAAUAUGGGCUCAGCCAUCAGCCGGAAGCUGGAGGAUGUCAGGAAUGCGCCAACUUUCAAGUCAUUGGAGGAGAAAGUAGAGACGCUGAAGACCAAGAUGACUCCCUCGGGGUCCGUCAGUGACACCGGCAGCCAGGACAGCGGCGGUCCUCCGGCCACCGAGUCUUUCCUCACCCAGCCCGAGGACUCACCCGUCCCAGGAGACGACGACGCGCUGAGACCAGUCUAACCCCUCCUGACCUCCCUGACCUCCCCCCACCGCCUCCCUCCUCACUUGACCCCGUUAACCCCCUCUGAGCCUUCAGCACUCCCCCCCCCCCUACUCUUGUGUGCCAGUCUCCCUUUAUUGGAAACAAAUGACUUACCCCAGCCUCCCGUGUGAUUUAAUUGUCUGCUCUUUUCUCCUGACACGUGCGCUCGCUUGUUAGCUAGUGUGGAAACUGAAGGCAUGGGAUGGGUGCAGGCAUGUGGUCUUGUGCCGGUCGUAUAUUUCCGAGUGCGUUCAGGCCUCGCCGUGGGAGAAAUCCUCCCCGCUGUGUUGCUUCCCUUUUUUUUUUCCUCCCCUCUUGCACUCCUUAUUUCUCUGCCUUUGUCUAACCAGCAAAGCUCAGAUGCCAAACGUGAUCCAAUUAAUUCUUGUUUUGUUUAACACUUUAAUGUUUAUUUGAGAAAAUUGCACAAAUACAAAAAAAAAAGUACACUUACAGACUUGAUUAGAGAAGGAUUAACACUUCCUUUGUAUGUGAACCAGGCAGUUGUUGGCUUAAAGCGUCUGCAUGGCUCUGUGUUAUUUGUUCGAGUUAUUCUUUGAAGCACUUGUUUGGUCUGCCUCUGCGUCGGGGCCGUACUGGGUUUACUGUGGGCUACCUCUUGGAGUGGGCCAAUCUGAUAUCUGUCUUCUUCUGUGUCGCUAAUGUUAAGAUGCCACACAAUCCUAAAGUAGUCUAACACUGUGUUCAAGCAAUGAAUGUAUGCCUUUUUCCUGUCACAGCGGUGCAACACUGUGUCAUGAAUACAUCCACUGACUCCAAAGUAGGAAUUUCAUAACAACACAUUUCAGAAUAAAGCCAUCCUUCUUUCUUUCUUUUUAUUUUUUAUUUUGCAAAGAGCCUGUCAGAAAAUGAUUUCCACGCUUAGAUAGUUACAGGAAAACAGCCAAGAUCAGCAGAACGGAGACCGAGCAAACACGGCGUCAAGGUUCAGCCUUGACCUGAGGUGAGAGCGAAAUAAAUGUCUCUUCCAGAGCCAGAGUCAAUAUUUAAACACUUGUGCAUUGUCUCUGCGAGGGAGGUAACACCUAGCCUCCCCACGCUGUGUGUAGCACAAAAAGGAAAAAAAAAAAAAAAAGGCAAUGGCAAGAGAACAAGUGCACUGGAUGUUAUUUUGUGCACCGAUACUGGAUCACAGUGUAAUGGAGGAGCUUCACCCCUGUUCUGCUCCUAACUAGAAUCUUCUUUUCCUUUUAUUUCCCCUGUUGUUGUUCGAGAAGUUGCAUAAGUGGAUUAUUUUUUUGAUAGAAUGCUCCUAACCUGCAUGAUUAUACACAGUAUUUGUUUAAAAUGCUGCUUACUAAACAUUAAAGGUGAGAUCAACAUUACAUCCUACAUGAGUUGGCUUUAUAGUCUCAUGCUGCUUCAUAUUGAUUAUAUCUUAGAAACUAUUAAACUACUGAACAAUUACUCCCACCAGACACUUUUUUUUCCCCCGUCUAAUUGACGCACAGGGCUACUGAUGGAGGUUGAAUAAAACUUGAAGGGCAAACAGAGCCGACGUGAACACAGCCGAGCUUUCCUCUGAUACCCGAGCUUAACUAAAAGUGGAGGGGACGCGGGGAUUUAACACGACUCUUCCCCUGCCGCAAGUCUUCCCCUGCUGGCGGACGAGCGCCUGAACACGAAUGUGAAUCAGCUCUCCCGCCCACACUCGCAAGCCAUUAGUGAUGCAACUUUACCACACACACUGUGCAGGAUUUCUGGUGUUAGGAACUUGUUUUGCUGGAUUUUUUUUCUCCACAUCAGUACAGUAUCCCAUGACCUCCUGUGACAUCGCUUUGUGGCCACUUCACUCAUGUGUUACAGCCUUUUUUUUUUUUUUAUCUCAGGCGUGAGGAUUUUAUUUUCAAGUCAUAUGUACACACUCGACACAUACAUGUAAUGGAGCGUGAACAGAAGAAAUGUACUCUAAUUAAAAUACUUUUGAAGUAAGCUGA